ACCGACCUUUCUAAAAAAAAAAAAUCAGGGCCAAGUCAAGGCCUCCCAAGCCACAAAACCGUUAAUCGUCCAUUAGAUAGAUACUCCCGACGGACGGGGUUUGUUUUCUUGACGCCGAUUAUUAUUAGUAUCACCUCCUUGCCUGUAAACCCUAAACCUACACUGUUAGGGGAGGCUUUAGUACUGUGUACACAACUAUACAUACAUAUAUAUAGAUAAUUAGAUAUAUAGGUGUUGGAGGUUGGAACCCUAUCCCAAGCCAUGCAUACCUCAUCGGUGAUGUUUGGCGCAAAGCCUUUGUUGACUCCUUUGAUUCCAGUGAAAUCUCUCCUCUACAAUCCCACCACCAUUAACGAUUCCUCCUCAACCAACGCCGGUUCGUUAAGACCUCCAUCUACUGUUUCUCUCAAAUGGGCUCACAAUAAAACUAUUACUUUGCGUCCGCAGAGACGCAGGCGGUGCCGUGCUCAUUUUGUUACCCCCAAGAAUGCUUGGAGGCAAUGUACUUCCGUGUUCGAUAAAUCAUUGAGCGGAGCAACUUUGCCAGAUCAACAUCAACGCUUAUCUUGUUUUUGUUAUCACCGCAAUAGAGGGUCCAGAUUCAAUAGAUUUACACCAGGAGUCUUUCUUGACAAAUCUACUUUCCAUUUGUCGAAGCACACAAUUGACAAUGUGUUUGUGAAGCAAGUUGUUCCACAUGCAGCUGUGGGUCCAGAUGAACCACAUGCAGCAAGUGUAGCCUGGCCUGAUGGUACUUUGGAGAAGCAAGGUUUCGAUUUGUUGGAUCCUGAAGUAGAAGGAGCUGAGUUAGAGGGGUUUUUAAAUUCUGAACUUCCAUCUCACCCGAAGUUGUAUAGGGGACAAUUAAAAAAUGGACUUCGCUACCUCAUUUUACCAAAUAAAGUUCCGCCAAAUAGGUUUGAAGCGCACAUGGAAGUUCAUGCUGGAUCAAUUGAUGAAGAAGAUGACGAGCAAGGAAUUGCACAUAUGAUUGAACAUGUUGCAUUCCUUGGAAGUAAGAAGCGUGAAAAACUUCUCGGGACAGGAGCGCGUUCAAAUGCUUACACAGAUUUCCAUCAUACUGUGUUUCAUAUCCAUUCACCAACUAGUACAAAGGACUCUGAAGGUGAUCUACUUCCAUUUGUUUUGGAUGCUUUGAAUGAGAUAGCUUUUCAUCCAAAAUUUCUUACUUCUCGGGUUGAGAAAGAAAGGCGGGCAAUAUUAUCAGAACUACAAAUGAUGAAUACAAUAGAGUACCGUGUCGACUGCCAGUUGUUACAACAUCUGCAUUCUGAAAACAAGCUGAGCGAAAGAUUUCCAAUCGGACUAGAAGAACAGAUUAAGAAGUGGGAUGCUGAUAAAAUCAGGAAAUUUCAUGAGCGCUGGUACUUUCCAGCAAAUGCCACCUUAUAUAUGGUGGGGGAUAUCGAUAACAUUUCUAAGACAGUUCACCAUAUCGAAGCUGUCUUUGGUCAAACUGGCAUGGAAAAUGAGACAGCUCCCGCACCCGCACCUAGUGCGUUUGGCGCAAUGGCUAGUUUCCUUGUUCCUAAGCUCCCAGUAGGACUGGCUGGUAGUUUAUCUCAUGAUAGUUCAUCUAUUUCUAUGGAGCAAUCAAAAAUUUUUAAGAAGGAAAGGCAUGCAGUUCGUCCUCCUGUCAAGCAUAAUUGGUCCCUCCCUGGGAGCAAAGAGGAUGCAAAGACUCCACAAAUAUUUCAGCAUGAGUUACUUCAGAAUUUCGCAAUUAAUAUGUUCUGCAAGAUUCCUGUGAAUAAGGUUCAGACAUUUGGUGAUUUGCGAAAUGUUCUGAUGAAGAGGAUAUUUCUUUCUGCUUUGCAUUUCCGGAUUAAUACGAGAUACAAGAGUUCAAAUCCUCCAUUCACCACAAUUGAAUUGGAUCACAGUGAUUCAGGAAGGGAAGGUUGCACAGUAACCACUCUUACUGUAACGGCUGAACCCAAAAAUUGGAAAAGUGCAAUUAAAGUUGCUGUGCAUGAGGUUAGAAGGCUUAAAGAGUUUGGCGUCACGAAAGGUGAAUUAGCUCGUUAUUUGGAUGCACUACUGAAAGAUAGUGAACAGUUGGCCGCUAUGAUUGAUAGUAUUUCGUCAGUGGAUAGUUUGGAUUUCAUUAUGGAGAGUGAUGCACUUGGCCAUACAGUGAUGGAUCAAAGACAAGGACACGAGUGUUUGGUUGCUGUUGCUGGAACAGUCACCCUUGAAGAAGUCAAUUCUACGGGCGCUGAGGUGUUAGAAUUCAUCUCUAAUUUUGGAAAACCAUCUGCACCUCUUCCCGCGGCGAUUGUUGCUUGUGUUCCAAAGAAAGUGCAUGUUGACGGAAUAGGUGAAACUGAUUUCAAGAUAAUGCCAAGUGAGAUCACGACUGCUAUUAGAGCGGGUUUGGAGGAGCCCAUAGAGGCUGAACCAGAGCUUGAGGUGCCAAAAGAAUUGAUAUCCUCGCCACAGCUGCAGGAGUUAAGGUUGCAGCAGAGGCCAUCCUUUAUUCCUUUAAGUUCAGAUGUAGAUGUCACAAAAAUAUAUGACAAGGAAACAGGGAUCACUCAGCGGCGCCUUUCUAAUGGAAUUCCUGUAAACUACAAGAUAUCAAGAAAUGAGGCCCGGGGAGGUGUCAUGCGGCUUAUAGUUGGUGGUGGAAGAGCAGCUGAAGAUUCUGAGUCAAGGGGAGCUGUUGUUGUGGGUGUUCGCACUCUAAGUGAGGGCGGUCGUGUUGGCAAUUUUUCAAGGGAGCAGGUAGAACUUUUUUGUGUGAAUCACCUGAUAAAUUGCUCACUAGAGUCCACUGAAGAACUUAUUUGCAUGGAGUUCCGUUUUACUUUAAGAGACAAUGGGAUGCGUGCAGCUUUCCAGUUACUUCAUAUGGUACUCGAGCAUAGCGUCUGGCUUGAGGAUGCAUUUGAUAGAGCAAGACAGUUAUAUCUGUCAUAUUACCGAUCCAUUCCCAAAAGCUUAGAACGCUCAACUGCUCACAAGCUUAUGCUAGCAAUGUUGAAUGGUGAUGAGCGGUUUGUUGAGCCCACUCCACAUGCAUUACAAAAUCUAACAUUGCAACGUGUAAAAGAUGCAGUGAUGAAUCAGUUUGUUGGUGAUAACAUGGAGGUGAGUAUAGUUGGGGACUUCUCAGAAGAGGAGAUCGAGUCAUGUAUUCUUGAUUAUCUAGGAACGGUUAAAGCUACAACAGGUGUUGAGAGACCGCAAGGGUUUAGCCAGAUAAUGUUUCGACCAUCUCCCUCUGAUUUGCAGUUUCAACAAGUAUUCUUGAAGGACACUGAUGAGAGAGCAUGUGCAUAUAUUGCAGGCCCAGCACCAAACCGCUGGGGUUUUACUGUCAAAGAGGAAGACCUUUUCGAAUCCAUAAGCAAUAUCUCAGCCAAUUAUGAUGAACAAUCAAAAUCACAGGAACCACUUGUGGAGGAUGGUGUUGAAAAGCAACUGCAAGGAAGAUUCCGAAGUCAUCCUCUCUUUUUUGCCAUAACAAUGGGACUGCUAGCCGAGAUAAUAAAUUCUAGGCUUUUUACUUCAGUCAGGGAUUCUCUUGGAUUGACAUAUGACGUGUCAUUCGAAUUAAACAUGUUCGAUAGGCUAAACCUUGGGUGGUAUGUGAUCUCAGUAACAUCAACUCCGGGCAAGGUGUAUAAAGCUGUUGAUGCUUGCAAAAACGUCCUUAGAGGUUUGCAUAGCAACAAGAUUGCCCAAAGGGAGUUGGACCGGGCGAAACGGACCCUGAUGAUGAGACAUGAGGCUGAAAUCAAGUCAAAUGCCUAUUGGCUUGGAUUGUUAGCUCAUUUGCAAGCUGCUUAUGUUCCAAGAAAGGACAUAAAAUGCAUUAAAGAUCUCACUUUGCUAUAUGAUGCUGCCACAAUUGAGGACAUAUACCUUGCAUAUGAACAGUUGAAGGUAGAUGAAAAUUCUUUAUACUCCUGUAUCGGAAUUGCCGGGGCUCAGGCUGGAGAAGAAGUUUCAGCUUCUUUAGAAGAGGAAGAAUCUGUUGAAGGCCUUCAUGGUGUUAUUCCUUCGGGGCGUGGUUCAUCCACAAUGACACUGCCAACUACUUAAUCUUCCUGGAUCCCAUAUUGGGUCUUGUGUUGUAAAAAGAGAUUGAGCUUUAUGAGGUUGGCACUGAUGUGAAAGUAUGGGUGGAUUCUCAAAUUGCUUUCCGUGAAGGAUUUAUAAAAAUCUUAUGAGACCGUUAUGAAUUGUUGUCAUCUUGAGCUACCCAGUGCACCUCUCUCUAUGAUCUUGUGACGGUCCAAAGGAUUAAUGUGCUUCAGGGUGAAAUGGAUGCAAGAUGAAAUUGAUUUUUUCUUCAAUUAGAACAUCUCAGAGGGUUGUUCGUGCUGGUUGAAAAGCCAAUUUUUUUAUAUUACACUUACCAAGUCAAGUUGAUAUCAUUAUUGAUAUAGUUGUAAUCAACAAGAAUGGGUCCAACUAUUGUUUCCUUGCUUUGCUAGGUUGGAAAGCCAAAUAUGUUGUUGUAUUACAUUUACCAGUCGAGUCAGUUUCAUUGUUGAUAUACACAAAAUUACCAAGUUUAAUAAAAUUUCCCUCAACCAUUGUAUUA